UCACUGUAUAUAUAUUUUGUGUUACAUUUUCAGACAUUCAAUACAGAGGCAAACUUGACUCGACAUCUGUCGUCCAGUCAUUCAUUGCGACCUCGCAGUCCACCACAUGCUAAACCCAAAGCUGCGUUCUUCAUGAAGGUUCUACCGAUGACCAAGGUCUCGCGAUAUUUGUGCACUGAUUUCCUCAAGUUUCCUCACUUGGCACGUGUGUCUAAUGUUCCGCUUGAUAUCAAUGAAAUACGACAAGCAUGUAAGUGAUUGAAAUUUUAUACCACCGUGGUUUAGAUUUUGAAAUUUGCUAAAAUGACAUCAAGUAAAUUUUAUUGAUUUUCAAACAAAUCCUCGGUAGUCGAGUGAUGAAGAAAAAAAGCCAAAUCGUUGGUUUCUCCGUGACCGGACAAAUAACAAGUUUCUUUAAAGUGCCUAUGUCAUGAUUUGGGAUUUUAAAUAUUUUUUACCUUUGGUGCAUUUUAUGAAGAAAUGCAAUAUAUCUUUAUAAGUACUAGAUAAAACAUCCGAUCUGUAUGACCCAUCUUAUGAGUUUAUUGGCGAAGUAAUUUUAAAAAUAAACAUUGUCUAAGCCGAGAAAAUCAAAGCUGAAGUUUAUUUAAAUCAGGACAAAUGUUUAUCCGAUUUACAAACAUUGAUUAAACAUUCGUUUCUUUUGUACUUUCCUCGUGAAUUAUUAAUGAAUUUUUUAAGAAAAUAUACCAUCUUCACAGAUUAUCAGCCCUCAAAGUUACCGGAUAUGACAUCAAAUCGGGAAUUUUAUACGCUAGAAACAAAAGAAAUCUAAUUUGCAAUUCCCGGUUUGAUGUCAUAUCCGGUAAGUUUGAGGCCUGAUAAUCCUGUGAAGAUGGAAUAUUUUCUUUUAAAGAUAUAUUGCAUUUUUUCAUAAAAUGUACCGAAGAUUACAAAUAAUAAAUUACACAAAUCAUGACAUAGGCACUUUAAAAAUAUACAAGUUGUGUUUUGCAGGCCUUAAAAUAUAUUUUCCAGGGCCGUCUGACAAAAUGUCCGGUGACGUUGAGAUUGGGUCGGACAUAUGUCCGAUGACCUUCAGUUCAUUUUUGACUCGGAAAUAAGUCUGAAUAACACAAAUGAAUAAACGGUAAAUGUUGUAAAGAUAUUAAAUAAUUUGUUUCUUUCAUACAUACUUGCCAGAACAGCAGUAUCCUGAAAAAGACUUCGACAACUUAAGCCCGUUUUCCACUUCACCAAUUCGCUCGCCGCCCCGCGCUCGACUACGUUAAAACAACAUUUCCAGUUGACCUUUUAUACAAUAGUACUCUGAUUUUCCAUUUAACAUACAAGCCUGCCUCUAGUCCUGGCCUCCUGUGCUAGGGUACAUUUUGAUUUACGUCGGACAAAACUACAGUUCGGUCGGACACCAAUACACUCGGGUCGGACAAACAAUAAACCUCAGUUUCACUUAGGUCGGACAGAAUGUCCGGUGGUUUCUUUUCUACGUCGGACAAUUUCACGAAUGGGUCGGACAAUGUCCGUAACCGACCGAUAUUUUAAGGCCUGGACUGUUUUGACAUUUCACAAAUGUGCGUUGCGUAUCACUGUAGGUGUCAAGCGUGUUUCCCGUGAGGUAGUGGAGAAGAUAAUCGCGGGGAGAAAAGAGAAAAAACGCAAACCGCUGGAAAGUAUUGUGGAAUUUUUGAGAGCAUCCCCACCUAAGGUGACUAGUGACGUCACGAUGACACCUCAACCUACAACCCACGUGACGAAGACUAGAUCCAAGUCCACUUCCAGCAUGCAUCCGUCACCGAUUACGUCACCCACCCGGAAGAUGCUUCACUCACCUCGGUUAUAUAUACCGCAGGCCAAUGUGAACGAGGUCGCAGAACCCCGCCCGGCUCAUUCGUCAAAACAUUUGUUGUCGCGUAAGAGAUCUUUGGAGAACGUCAACACUCACCAGAACGGAUUAGAUGGUAUGUUUUUAGACAUAGAUUUUAUGGGGGGGGGGGGAGGGGUGAGCAGCACCACAAAUACACGUCAGCAUACACUCACUGCACAUUGAAAUUUCCAUGAAUUUUGCAAUAGUUUAUGUAAUUCAGUGUUGAUGGAAGGGAGAUGGAAAUCUGGAGUGGAAAAUGACUUAACCAGGACAUAGAUUAUAGAUCAUACCAGAUGUCUCACUGUGUAUCUUUUCCUAUGAUUUUCGUGUCCGCGAUUUUCGCGCGUGCGACACUUACUGCCAAAAUGGCGCUUACUGCCAAAAUGCUUGAAUUACACUUACUGCCAAAAUGGCGGCCAACGCGUGUUCAUAAAAAAUCGCGGACACAAUUUUGGCUGAGUGAUUUAUCUGGUAUUAUCUAUCAUCUGUGACCAGGAGCAGCUACGAAAAUGAACUGUAGACCCUCUGGCAGGAACUUGCCGCCCUGCUAGUGAUUGAUUGUGCGACAAUCUGAAAUUACCGAUUAUUCAUGCCACAAUCCACCCGAUACCGAUUUUAUAAUGACGUCAUAAUAUCAGUCCACCACGUAAAGGUGACGUCAUUCAUGUCGAUUUCUUAACGAUAAUUUCCAACGUAACAUGUUACUACAACUAAAGAUAAUUAAUACCAUUAAUAAAUGGCACGCUUCACGCAUUAAUUUAACAUAUUGCGUGAAAACGCAACGUGACAUUAUAGCGUUUUUAUCAACCUUUUUUCUUUAGGUCCUGCAACGAAGCGAUUUGUGAGCAACUCGCCACUUGGAAAGAAAGGUUGUGAAUGUAAGCAUUGUGGCAAAGUCUUGCAUAAUCAAGGUAUAGAACUAAUUAGACAGCUUUUAAUGGACCAUUUGCAUUAUAGACUAAAUUUUGAUCAAAACAAGUCUGGACAAAAAUUUCAUCACAACUUGAAAGAACAUCACAAAAUUAGUAAUAUUCCAGAGUUUCCUUGCGAAAUGUUGUAAAAUGCGGAUAAUAUAGCCUUGCGAAGUUUGCCGUUUUUCAGUCAUUUUGCAUGUCAUGCAACCAUUUUCUGUUGAGAAUAGAAAACUUUACAAUGGCCAACUAUCUCUAAAGAAAACUUACGGCGUAUCCAACAAUUUUCAAAUAAUAUUUUUUGCUGUUUUUUUUUCACAAAUAUUUUAAAUCAAAGAUUUCAAUUUGGAUAAAUCUUAAUUAUUUUAAAAGAAUUGAGAAAAAUGAACAAUUAAACCACCGUUGUUGAAUGUACGUAAUACAUGUGAUUCUAUCAUACAAUUUCUAUUCUGUGCUACUGCAGGGGUGGAUCCAGCAAGGUUUUUCUAGGGGGUGCUGGGUGAGCAGCCCAGUGUUUCUUUAUAAUUCUUUAGGGGGUGGUGGGAGAGCAUUCAAAUGAAUUGGCUUCCUAACGACUCAAGCGCCAAAGGCACGAGCUCCCUACGGGGUUCAGGGGUAUGCCCCUAGAAAAUUUUGAAAAUUAGAACCCUAGAAAUGCCAUUUUCUGCGAUAUGGGCAUUGAAGUGUGAGCUCCAGUUUGAAAAAAGGAAAAACCUUGGAAAUUAUGCCAUAUUUCUGAAUUUUUUUUUGCACCUCCCUUGCAGUCUUGCACGCCUGUUGACCAAGGCCAACAGGGGUGCGCACCCCUGUGCACCCCCCUAUAAAUCCACCCCUGUGCUACUGUAGUUAAUGUCAUAUUGUAAUCAAGUUUAUUUUUAUUUCCAGCGAGUCUCUCUCAUCAUAUGCAGACAGUACACGCAGUCUCGUACCAGCCCUCUCAAGGAUCUGGACCUCCAAAACAAAAAACAUAUCCUGCUUAUUGUGACGUCAAGCCGGGCAUGGGGCCUGGGGUCACCAAGAUGGCACCUUAUGCUGAGCACACUGUGACAUCAUAUAAUACCCCAGGUUUGAAAUCUCCUCCCCAACCUCCUACGGCACUGCCUAUUAGCCAACCUCUUUCUAAUCCGCCUCCUAAGCAGCAGCAGCAGCAAAGCGAGCCUACUUUAGGGGCUGGGGUGAAUCGGAAGUUGUCUGCGCCAACGGUGAAAAAUCAUUCAGCGGUAAACGGUCAAAAUAAAUCUCGAGGAAGGUCGUCUCCGACCAGACAACCCCAGUUUAUUGAUCCUCCCGAGGAGUUCGUUUUUAGUUCCACAAAGGUAAUGAGGUGAGUUUGAAUAUUUUAAUUCUAAUUGAUGUAUUUAAUUCGUUGAGUGUUCUAAUUGAAUUUCCGAUCUAAUCGAUCUAAUGUUAUGAUCUAAUUGAUCUACUUAAUUCAUUCAGUGUUCUGCAGAAAUGUAUGACAUGAAUUAGCCUUUUUCGGACGCUUUGAAAGCAACAUUGACCACUAAAACAUUGAAGCAGUUUCAGUUGAUCAGUAAAUUAUCAACAGAUACUGAUUUUUGAAAGAUAUUAAAUACCUAGAUAAUGUAUUAUAGAAUGCAUGUGCGUAAAAAAUUGUUGAGUGCCAAAUAUUUUGUUUUAAGUCGAAGUUUCACUUGCAAUUUUCCCAUUCGACCAGGUCAGCAAGGAAGAGUAUAGAGAACGAAGUGAAACGUCGUUUGCCAAGGAAGCCAUGGAUGGAAGUAAAAUGCCCUGCCGAGCUGAGGGAGCUCGUCUAUCGUACAAGAAAACCACGGAAAAACAAAGAGAAAACUCCUGCCGAAGUUCCGACGAAAUCCGAUCACAUUGUCAAUGAUGGGAAAAAGGCUUCACCGGUAAAGAAUAAUGAAGUAGCCGAGGCCGUAGCCCCCCUGUUUGCUGUAAAUGACGAGAAACCCCCUGUCAUAAGCCAGGGUGAUGUCCCCCCUGAAAAUAUUGAACCAGGAGAAAACAUUGAUAUGCCUGCGGAUAAGGAAAGUGUCACUCCUGUCGGGGAAGUUGCUGCAGGUGCGGCUCAGGUUGCGGCUGACUCAGGGACACCUGGGAAGACAGGGGGUGUUGGCGGUACAAGAGUGGAUGAACCGAUCGUGAUUGACGAUUGAAGUUGAUGACGUGUUGAUUCAAAAAAACUAUUUAUCAUGAAGUAUUUCCUGAUCUACAGUACAACUUGACUGUUCCAGCAUACAUUCAUUUAUUCAACUGGUUUGUCUAGUUGCGAUUGGUCUAUACUAUUCUACGCCACUUCAUUCUCUUCAUCCAGUAUUGGUUAAAGCUCUUCUCAAACACUGGGCAUGAGUACUUCUCGUUUGUCAAGAUGCACAAGGCUGUUUUCUUUUCACCCUUCACAUUUUGAUCUCGGCGACUAUGCCUUUGGCAGGUGUUUUGCGGGUCGUUCUUUCCCAAUAAUAAAUUAUUCGCCAUGUUAGAAGACAUAUUGUGGCAUUCCAAUACUUUUGUACAGUUCAGUAAGUUCAUUGAAAAUGUGUAUGACUUCCAAAGAUUUUAAGAACUCAGAAGAUGUUGACCUCCAAGAGACACCCUCGGAUGUGAAGGAAGAAAAUGAAGAUCUUGUUAAUAAAAACUUGAAACAUUAGUUCAUGUUUUGUAUUGAAAUUAGGAAAGUCCUGGGACAAUCGUAUAAACCAUAAAAACAGAAUCGUUGUCCAUGUUAUUCGAUGGUCCAAAAAAUAUGGCCCCCUUCGUCGUCACCCGCGCGUAUUGUACUUUCCUCAAAAUCAACGAAUCAAUAAAAGUUUAAAGAAGUAAAUGUUUAAGCAAAUGUAACGGAUAAAGAAGCAAAUGUCACGAAUGAACAAGUUCAUUUUAAGCCAAAACAUUGCGAGUUGGGCGAAAGUACAAUCACAGAAUAAAGAACCACAGAAGGUCGACUCGGCCAAAAAAGCGUAACUGCUGCCACGCCAUUAUUCGUCAUCAAAAUACUGACGCCAUGGUCCUAGCCAGUGCGCUUAUGAGAGGCAUUCACCCCCUGGACGUUCGCCAUUUUGAAUAUUAUCAGGGGGGGGAAUGCCUCUCAUAAGCGCACUGGCUAGGACUAUGGCGUCAGCAAUUUGAUGACGAAUUACGGUUACGCCAAAAUCAUAGGAAAAACCAACAAGUCGAUCUUCUGUUUGUCUCUAUUCUGUGGUACAUUGAUAGUUCCCACACUGCCUAGUUACGGUUGCUACGUCCCACAAGCUGUCAUAAUUUAGAACCGUCUGUUCCAGGUAGUGCCAGUAAUAAAGCUGCGCAACCUCGUUCCCAGGGCUUUUCCCUUUUUGUAAGGGAAAAGUCCUGGAACGAGGUUGAAAGCUGCAGAUUGAUAGGGAAACUUCGCCUUGUAUUUUUCAGGUAGUUGUAUCCUUAUCAUAAUGCUGGUCUUCGUAGUCAUCACCCGGGGAAAUUAAACAAUUCAAAAUGGCCACUAUCGAAUUUUUCCCGGGCGAUGACUAUUAAGACCAACAUUCUUCGCAGGCAUCAAGCCUUGUGACGUCAUUAUGCAUAAGGUCUAUUCCCGUUAUUUUUACCUUUAAUCUUUAUCGAAUUUUAGCUUUAACCCAGUGCACUAGAAAAUUCGCCAACUUUUUAACGCUGAACAAAGUCGUAUGUUGGGACAUGCUAGCUCCAUUAGGAAAUGCCUCUUCUUCUCUAGGUUCAGAAUUAAUGACCGCUAUCUCGCACAGGCUUAAAGAUACACAUUUGAUUGGUUAAGAGGCAAUUUUUUUCAAUGUCACGUAUUUGCAAUGAAAAGUGUUCAAAACCUAAAAUCUUUUUGGCGUCCCUCUCAAAAUUACUUUGUUUUAGCUUUAUUCUCUAGUUUAUACAGUUAGCUACCUUUUUAAAUGCAUCUGCCGGUUGAGAAACAUAAAAUAAUAGUAAAAAAUUGUCAACUAAAAUAUAAUUAUCAAUGAUGCUUUAAAAUUGACGCCAUAUUUACAGCCAAUAUAAGCAAAACUUACUGAACUUCAGACAUCAUUUUCUCUUUGGCGUAUCAUCUAAAAUCUCUUCAAUUUAGCAUUAUUUUACAGAUAAAGCACUAAACAUACUUUUUAAGUUUGUUUGCCGAUUGAGAAACGUAUCGAAAAAUAGAAAUUUUGAAUUUAGUCAUAACCUCGAGUGGUAUAUUAUACGCAUUAGUUCUGAGCGCGUGUUACGUAACAUACAAAAAAAUCUCUUAAUCAUAUCGAUUAAAUGUACCUGACUGGCUAGCGGUAGUGGAAGUCGAAAUCCGAACUUCAUAUAUGCAUGUGACGACGAAGGACAGGGUCUUGACCUGGACUUAUAAAGUUUUCCAAACCAUAUAGCUAAACGUAAGUCUAAAGUGCAUUGAAAGAUGUUUACUUCACUUGGUUGAACUUGUUGUAUGCUUGGUUUGGUGGAUAAUCCAAGUGAGCAUAUACACGGUGUCGCAAAAAAACAAAAACUAUUGAAAUAAUAUAUAGUAUAGUACUAUAGAUCAUGUACCCGUGAUAUUGAAAAAUUUUGACUUCAAAAGUAUUUACCUGUUUAAUUCGGGGUUUGCCGUUGUUCAGUUUAUAAUACACAGUAUGACGUCAUUAUGUGGAAAGAACAAAAAAGCGUAUCUAUCAAUCUCGUACCCAGAGCAAUGCCUGUGCGCGGGCUAGGUUGGCAUUGGCUCUGGGGAAAUUGACAACCGGAACCCCUAAAUUUAGGGGUUCCGGUUCUUUGUCGGCAUGCACGAUUGAUAAACGUUAACCAAUCACAGCACAGGAAAAAUUCAAUUUCCCCAGAGCCAAUGCCAUCCCAGCCCGCGCACAGGCAUUGCACUGGGUACGAGAUUGCGUAUCUAUUUGCUAAAUACACAAUUUUAAGACCUAACCAGGAACGGUUUGCUCACUUGGAUUAUUCACCAAACCCAGCAUGCAAAUCUCAAGUACCCAAAAUGCUUAAAGUUUGGUUUCUUUUCCUGGCCUUCAUAUACGCGAGGGAAGCGUUCCAAGACUUUCUUAAUAGUUCAAUGUUUUAGUUUUGUCAAGGAAACUCGUGUAUAAAGUUUAUCCAUUGAAAUGAAUAUAACUGGAACGCUUACCUUAAUAUAAAGUGCCGAUCUUUUUCUCGUGACCCCCAGACUCGCGUGUUUAUAUACCAUGAUUGACUGUUUGAGCGCUCUUCGCACGCGUGAAAAGACUGGGACUGGCCUUCAAGUUUGGCUUCAAUCUCGUUCCCCGAGCCUGCGAUCCUCGGGAAGGAACGCGAGGCUCUGGGAUAAUCCGUUGCCGGAAGCCAGGAAUCCUGGCUAAGAUUGAACUACGCAUCCAUUUCAACGGCCAAUCAGAUUCCUCUCUGAAACGGAUUAUCCCAGAGCCUCGCGUUCCUUCCCAAGGAUCGCAGGCUCGGGGAACGAGAUUGGUUUGGCUUCAAAUUUCUGGUUGGAGGUAGCGUUCCAGUUAUAUUCAGUUCAACGAGUUUAUCUCACUCUGUAAUAAUUAUCUUGCGCAUGCAUCUCAAAGAAUGGAUUGGAAACGGUUUUCUAUUGUGCUUCUAUUUUGUUGGAAAGGCUUGAUUUAAACAAGAGUUACUCGCUGUGAGUUUAUUGAACUGAUUAGUAUGCUCUAUAUAGAGAAUACUAAUGGUCGCAUUAGCUCACUGUAAUUGCUAUGAAGCUCACUAUCACACAAUUGAUGAGAUAUAGACCGCUGAAAUACUGAGUUCUGAGUGGGUGUUAUCAUGUUCUAAUCAUGGUUAGGGUUCACGGUUGUUUUAGGAUUUACUUGGAUUUGCAUAUUUUGUUUUUAUACAACCUCGUACCCAGGGCCCUGGGUACGAGGUUGGUGUGUAUAGGACGCGGGGGUCCAUGCCAGUUGAGUGAAAUGGUGAUGACGUCAGCCCGAUAAAAUCCUUGGGCCACUAGUGGCCUUGGAUAAAGUUUAACACACAUAUCAACACGUAUACAUCAGUGAAUAAUUUUAUUACAUUCUCCCCUGUUUUAUUUUCAAAUACUUUAAAAUUUAAUUAAUUUACCCAUUUUUACGUAUAACCUUCGUGUAUAACAGUGAAUUCAUUUGCAUUUAUGAUUAAAAAAAUUCCCCUAAAUUGGAUGAAAUACAAAAUUAAAUAGAAAAUUGUCAUUUACCAUCUAAAUUUACGAACGGAUCCGAUGUUCUCGCCAAUAAAGCUAAGUAAUUGUCCUUGGAAUAAACUGAAUAUUGAACUUCAAUUUGGAACUCCUGGGAAAGCUGUUUUGUUUAGCGGGAAAAUUUGUAUCGCCGGUAUUUCUUCAUAGUCCAGAAUGUAUUGUUUAAAUUUGAGACUGAUUCGUCUUGGAUUGCGCAGGUAAUGCAGUGAAGUAAUUUCAAAUGAAAGUUUCUUGAAUUUAGUAAUGUGGCUUUAAUAAUAGCUCUUGAAGCGUACAGAAGUAGUGCAAUGUCAGUGAAGUAAUUUCAAACGAAUGCUACUUGAAUUGUGUAAGUAAUGUGGCCUUAAUAUUGGCUCUCGAAUUGCACAUGCAAUGUCAGUGAAGUAAUUUCAAAUGGAUUGUACUUGGAUUUGUAAGUAUAUUGUUUGGCUUUGGUAAUGUCUGAUUGUUAUCCGGGUUAUCUUUGGGACAUGGUUGAAAAGUGUACGAACAACAUCUACUCAAAGUUUUUCAUUCUGUUCUGUAGUGUAGAUUUAUGAAGUUUAUGCAUAAAUUGAUCAUGGCUUUGAUGUUUGACUGUGACUGUUAUUCUGGUUGUCUUUCAGUCAUGGUGGAAGAAUUCUAGAGUAAAAACAUCUAUUUAAAGUUUUCAUUCUUCAGAUUUAUAAAUGAUCAUGGAUGGUUGUGAUGUUUGACCAGAGGCCGCGGAAGCAUUUCGAAAGUGGAGGGGCAUUGGCCAAAAGGGGCACUUUAUACAAAUAUGACCAAAAUCAAACAAUUUUAUGUCGUUCAUGAGCCGAACGAAAAUUUUUGAAAAUAUGGAGUCCUUAUAACGUCGGAAAUGGCCUUAACAGAGUCUUUACUACUGCAAAAAGGGCACUUUCCAGCAAACGAGGGUGUUCAUUCAAGAAAUACUUUUUUUGUUCUUUAAAUGGGGCACUUCAGCCCCCCAAAAAGGGCACUUUUUUCACUUUUAAAAAAGGGGGGGGGGGCACAUGCCCCUAUUGUCCCUACGGUUCCGCGGCCCCUGUGUUUGACUGUUAUUCUGUGGUUGUGUUUGACUUGUUGUGGAAGAAUUGUGAGUAGAAACAUCUAUUCAAAGUUUUCAUUUUUUCUUCAGAUUUAUAAAUGAUCGUGGAUGGCGUUGAUGUUUGACUGUUAUUCUUUGGUUGUCCUUGGAUCGUCGUGGUUGAGCAAUACCCGAGCAUAAACGUCUAAAGUUUCGAUUCUUUAGAUUUAUGAAGUCUAUCCAUAAAUUGAUCAACUCCGGCCAUUGACAGCGUCGAUGAAAAUAUGCUCCUUGUUUUAAAUUUGUCAUCUUGUAGUUCUCCAUCACUUGCAUUUGUCACUUUCACCUCUAUUCCUUGAUCAACCACGAGUCUGCCAUAACGUUCCUUAAACAUGACUAAUAUUGGAAUACAACCCGCGCACGAUGCAAACAAAGCCCAGUUCAUCCAAACUGUAC